AUGCCUAUCCGCAAUCCCUUUCGUCGAGCCGGCGGCGUCGAGGUUAUCGAUGAAAACCAGCGGCCCUCCGCGGAUCGCGGUUUCCAGAACACUGCUGUCAACGGCACAAAUCCUGUUCAAAUCAAAGAGCCUACAGAAUAUAAACUGAGUGAAAUCAACGAUAGCGGGGUCUAUCUUCCGCCUUCGCCGACCACCGAGAAGCCAGCAUUUUGGCAUUCCAAAUCCAAUGCCUCAACCACGUCCUCCAACCAUCGAAGUCUCUUGAAUGAAAACGAACCCUUCAACAUCUCCAGAGAAAGUUUCGAUUCGUAUCGGAGAUCAUUCGAUAUCUCCGCUCGCUCCCCGGUGAUCGAGAACGACACCUUCCCCAGAGGAUCCCUCGAUGCUCGACGAUCGUUAGACACAAGACGCUCCCUUGAUGUACGCCGUUCGCGAGCCCCUCCACGUUCAUCCCUCCAAGAACGCCGCACCGAGGAAACCCCUGAGGAAGGCUUCGAGGAUGUAGGCCUCAACGACGAGCCAAAGCCGCAGGCGAAGAAGCGUGGCCUUUUCGCUCGCUUCGGAGAUAACGCAGAUGCCCCCCACGAGGAUAAAGAUCGACCGACAUCCAGCCAUCUCCACUUCAACUUCACAGGCCGGAAGCGAGCGCAAAGUGGUGGACAGGGCUCCGAAAUGAAGCCCAUGAACAACAAGAAUGCUCCACUCAAGCCUGAAACCGCCGUUUAA